CAGAUAAUCGUCGCACAGUAGGAGGCAUGUCUCCUGUACAUGCGACAAAUGUACCCAUGACGCCAUUUACUAUUGGAAGCCAUACACCUUCAUAUAUGAUGUCGCCAGCAUACAAUAAUAUGUCGCCACAAUAUUUUGCUCCUAAUACACCAGCAUUUUCACCAGUGCUUGAACCAGCUGGAGGUUCAAAGGCUAUUACAGUUGGGCAGAAUUAUUCAUGGUCAAGCCCGUAUAAUUCCAGCAGCCCAGCCUAUAACCCGUCUUCACCACAAUAUUCUCCAAGUUCUCCUUCUACGGCACCAUUCGCACAUUCUCCUGCUCCCGCAUUUACUCCUCAAAGUCCUGCUUAUAGUCCUACAAGCCCAUCUUAUUCACCAACGAGUCCUCAAACCAAUUAUGGUGUUGGAGUAAUUGGCAUUGGUGGUAAUAUACCUAAUGCAACUCCUUCAAACUAUAGACAGGCGACAAGUCCUACAUAUUCUCCAACAAGUCCUUCGUAUUCACCAAAUUCUCCAAGUUAUUCACCAACGUCGCCUAGUUAUACACCUACAUCUCCAAAUUACACACCCACAUCUCCUAAAUAUUCUCCUACAUCACCUAAUUACUCUCCUACUUCGCCGAUAUAUACGCCUUCAUCUCCUAGUGCUACCGUUAAUUAUUCAUCAUCAACUGUUACCGCUACAUAUAACCCAGUGUCGACAAUAAGUAAUACUUCACAGAGUACUAUUGGAUCCGGAAC